AUGUCGACAUUGAACAUUGUAAACCGAAAAGAUGUUGUUACAGUACCUCCAUUUAUAAUAAGUAAAAAAUCUAUUUUGAAAUAUUUAUCCUUAGAGAACAUCAACUUUGAUGUGCCAGCUUUAUACGUAUUUGGAGACUCUUAUGUUGAUGCGGGAAAUAAUAAUUAUGUUCAUGUCCCGCAAAUUGAAAGAAAUUAUACUCCAUAUGGAAUAGAUUUUGGUGGAAAACCUACGGGUCGUUACACCAACGGAAGAACAGUAGCGGAUUUCAUUGCUCAAAUUGUUGGCUUGCCAUUCCCUCCUCCUGUGCUAAGCUUGUCUAAGGGAGACAAGAGAAUUCCUCAAACUGGUAUAAAUUAUGCUUGCGGUUUCACUGGCAUCCUUGAAAAAUUUGGAAAACUGUUUGAACGAAUGCCAAGCUUGAAGGAGCAAGUAGAUUUGUUCGAGAGCACAACAAAAGGUGUUGCGUAUGACUUGGAUAUCGAGUGGGAUGGACUGCGCUAUUUCUAUGAUGAGAACUAUUAUAUUCAACUUCUCAUAAAAGACUUAUCCAAGCAUUUACAGAGAUUAUAUCAGCUUGGUGCACGUAAAAUUGUGGUGAAUAAUGCAUCUCCAAUAGGAUGUCAGCCGCAUCUAAUAAGUGGAGGUAGGAAUGGACCAGAAUGCGACUACUUAGCCAACAACCGGGCAUUGUUAUUUAACAAACGCCUGACUAAUUUAUUAAAAGACUUGCAAUCCACCCUUUCGGGAUCAAAAUUUGUUCUUGGAGAUCUAUAUAAAAUUUUUCAAGAUGUCUAUGCAUCGCCUACCUGGUAUGGAUUUACCGAUGUAAGGAGCAGUUGUUGUACUGAAAUAGAUAAAGGUUUAACUAAACCAUGUCUUGCAAAUGUAGCACCAUGCAAAGACAGAAGUAGCCAUGUUUUCUUCGACCCAAUGCACCCAAGCGAGAGUAUGCAUUUCAUAUGGGCAAGGCGUCUCUUAAAGGAUUCAUCAUCCAUUGAUAAUAACAUAAAAGACCGCUUAGUUAUGUUAUUCAUGAACCAGAUCAGGGCUGCUUCAAAAGUAACUGAUUGA